GGCACCUCGACCUGCAGCCCCCUGUCCUCACGCAGGUCUGUGUCGGGGGAGGCCUGAGGCCACACGGCAGGACCCCUCCAUGGACAGGCCGGGUCCAAGGUCCGGGAUCUCACGGUGCUGGGAGCUGGGUCUGUCCUCAGCCCCCCAGGGCUCAGGCUGGGAAGGGAGUGUGGCCCUGUUGUUGAGUGACGGGGAUGACACUCUGGGGUGGCGGCCUGGGGGUCAGAGGUGGGUGGAGGGCGGCCUCCCACCUCCCGGCUCUGUGCACCCCCUGCUCACGUGCCCGCACCACACUGGGGCCAAGCCCGUUCUAGAAGCAGAGCAGAGGCUCCCGGCUUGGGAGAGGAGAGCUGACCUCUGGCCUCCUGCUCUGCACCCACCGGAGCCGCUCUCACCCAGCUCCCCGACCACGCGGCCCUCCACUGGCCAAUUCCAUCCUGAGCGCGGCCGGGCGUCGGGAACAAACGCAGCUGGGAUUGUGGUCCCGGGUCACGUACUGGUUUGGACAGACCUGCGGUCGAGACGCGUGGUGUCCAUUGGGAGAUUUGAACACGCUCUGAGGCAUGCACCUUUGGAAUGGAAGGGAAGAGUUCAUUGGCUGCAGAAAGCGGGCGACAGAGCAGAAAGCAGUCAGUGCGGUCUGGUCUUGAGCCAGAAGCCGACCCCACAAUAUCCCCUUUCCGGUCGUUUCUCUCUUCCGGAAGCAGUCAGCCAACUUCUGACGCCAGAGCGGGACCUUGACGUGGAGUUUUCUGUGGAGAAGUUUGUCCCUCAUCAACGAGGACGUCUUGGCUGGUGGAAUCCCAGCUGCGCAGGACCCCCGGGAGGCCGUCCCUCUGUGGCUGCCUCAGCGCAGGGAGGUGCUGCCCUCGGUGCCCGUGGGGUCCCCCCGGGGCUGGGGGGCAGGUGGGGAUGGGCUCCUCUUUCCAGGAGUGGCGACAGAGCGCAGGGCUGGGGGUCCGGUGUGUGUCCGUCCGUCACAGGCCACAAACGAUCCCGAUGCUUGGGUGACCCCAUCCCUGCUCAGCGGGGUCGACCCCGUUAGUCUCUUACAGCCUGCCUGCCUUCAGGCUGGAACCAGCCCUUCCCCUAAGGAGUCCUGGUUACUUUCUAGAGAGAGGUGGUGUCUAGAGCAUGCAGUGUGGGCGCUGGGCGGCUCCUUGCUUCUGGUCUUGUAGUGAACAGCCAGGAAACAAUGUGCUUUCGAAAUAACAACGACUCCCCUCCCCCACCCCCCAAAAAACCCACUGUAAGUUCACAUUAUUUCCAAUUCAAAUUUAGCCUUAUAGGAAUUUUACUUCUUUCAUUUUCAACAUGUAUCUUUUCAGUUACUAUGACUUUCUUGGUUUCUACUAUCGUUAGCAUAAUUAUUUCUUGCUUUACCCCAGAAUAGUUUCAGAAUAAAAGACUAAUAUUACAAUGGGGAAUGAAUACAAUGUGGAAUGAGGUUGAAGAUUUCUUUGCAGCUCUCUUUGUCCUUAAAAGGUGUCCAUUCCACUAAAGGUGGAUGGUUAAAAACAGAGGCCCCUCAAAAGACUUUUUUCCCUAUAUGAUUUUGCCAACGUCUUGAUUCCAGGUCACCUGUUUCUGUUGAUUUUGUUUUUUUCGGUAUUAUCUUUUCUUCUUUUGACUUGGUUUUGUCUUUGCCAUGUGCGGCAGAUUCACGCGUCCCCAGGUGCGGGGCGAACAGCACGCCCGGCCCAUCCCAGUACUCCCUGGAGGGAGCCCGGGGCUCCGAUUCCGGUUUCGGUUCCGUUUGUCCGUCCUGCGUUUCUUGUUGCAGGCACGUGUGCUCGGCUUCCCCUCGUCGGCACGGAAGGCAGCGUGGGGCAUGCACUGUGUGGGUUGGUGGCCCUGCCCCCCCUUUUCCCUCCCCGGGUCCAGCCAGCCUUCCGACUCCAAAGCCUUUUUUUUCCUUUAACGUUUCUGUUGUCCCCUCUCUGAAAUGGGUGUUCCGACAGGACCCAUCUCUUCAGUGCUGGGAGAAUCCAGUGCACUGACGGGGUGUGCUGAGAACUGCGCCUGGCCCCUCAGGGCGCGUUAUGGCGUCAGCUCAUUGCCGUGGUCGCCGGCACCGUCCUCGCACGCCGCCCGGACACGCAGGCGUUGGUGGUUUCUGUUCGUUUUUUAAUAGCAGUAGCUACCGUGUAUUAGGCUAAGAGCUUGGCGUGGUGCUUGGUUUCCUGAGCUGCUCCAGCCAAUACUGUGAAAUGAGUCAGCUUAAACAGUAGGAAUUUAUUAGCUUCCGGUUUUGAGGCUAGGAAAAUGUCCAGAUCAAGACACCGUUAAAGCCCUGCUUCCUUCCUGACACCUGGCUGCUGGCGAUCCUGGGCUCCGCUGCCACACGGCAGACACGUGGCGGCGGCUGCCGGCCUGUCCCAUCUCUUCCGGGUUUCCUCGCUUUCACCCUCCUGCUACCGUGGCUUUCUCUCUCUCCCUCUGCACUUCAUUCUCUUUGAGAGGCCCAGAUACAGGAGAACUGGGCACCCCUCCACUGAGGCCGUGUCACCGAGGGCCUCCUCGCCUGGGCCACACCGCAGGGGCGGGGUCGGUCUCUGAGGGCGGCUCACCCCCGACACCACCUGCUCAGCACGGUGACCGUCACAGCCCCUGCACUUCACAGGCAGGAAGGGGUUACCCAGUCAUUCUGCUACGACGUGGCACGGCUGAAACCUGCAAUUUCAAGUCCCUUUUGGUGCCUGUCCACUCAGGUCCACAGUUGUUGGUGAGAUGUUUACUAGGGGACAGGUCACGUAUCAAUUUCAAGCUCAUAUUUACUGAUUUUUGUAUUUGUAGCAUUCUAUUCAAAAGAGUCGUUGAAGCAGUUUUACCUCUAUUUUCUCCUUUUUUACAUGAAAAUAUCCAGGGAUUUAAGAGGUCAAAUUACUUCCCUCUUAGAGAUGAAGGGGGCUCGAAGAGGUUAAGUGGCUGACUGAAAACACAAGUCUUGAGUUCCAGUUAGUAUUUUUCAAUUAAACGUUUCCUCCUAGUUAACCAAAUAACAGUAUUCAAGUAAAUUGUCAAUACACAAAAGAGCUAGGACGAAUUGGGGCAGUUAGGGAAAGUGUAGCUACGUUACCCCGGGGUUGUUUGUCUGUUUAAGGGGCUGUUGUAAGGAGACAGCAUAUAUGUCAGGAUUCGCUUGUCUGAGAAGGAUAAGGUUGGGAAGGAACGUACCAGAAUCACAAACCUAAAAGUCACAGGCCAAGGAAGCAGUCUUUACAAAGAGGCACACAUGGCUACUGAGGAAGUUGGAAUAAAUCUCUUCUUGAGGGUGGAAUCUAGGGCGGCCACGUGGCCUCUGUGUGAUGGGGUCCUGGAGGAGAUGUGGUGCAGGUAGGGUGGCCACGUGGCCUCCGUGUGAUGGGGUCCUGGAGGAGACAGGGUGCAGGUAGGUGGUCACGUGGCCUCCGUGUGAUGGGGUCCUGGAGGAGACGGGGUGCAGGUAGGGCAGCCAUGUGGCCUCUGUGUGAUGGGGUCCUGGAGGAAAUGGGGUGCAGGUAGGUGGUCAUGUGGCCUCCGUGUGACGGGGUCCUGGAGGAGGUGGGGUGCAGGUAGGGUGGUCACGUGGUCUCCGUGUGAUGGUGUCCUGGAGGAGACAGGGUGCAGGUAGGGUGGUCACGUGGCCUCCGUGUGAUGGGGUCCUAGAGGAGAUGGGGUGCAGGUAGGUGGUCACAUGGCCUCUGUGUGAUGGGGCCCUGGAGGAGACGGGGUGCAGGUAGGUGGUCAUGUGGCCUCCGUGUAAUGGGGUCCUGAAGGAGACAGGGUGCAGGUAGGGUGGUCAUGUGGCCUCCGUGUGAUGGGGCCCUGGAGGAGACGGGGUGCAGGUAGGUGGUCACGUGACCUCCGUGUGAUGGGGCCCUGGAGGAGGUGGGGUGCAGGUAGGGUGGUCACGUGGCCUCCGUGUGAUGGGGCCCUGGAGGAGACGGGGUGCAGGUAGGUGGUCACGUGGCCUCCGUGUGAUGGGGUCCUGGAGGAGACGGGGUGCAGGUAGGUGGUCACGUGGCCUCCGUGUGAUGGGGUCCUGGAGGAGACGGGGUGCAGGUAGGUGGUCACGUGGCCUCCGUGUGAUGGGGUCCUGGAGGAGACGGGGUGCAGGUAGGUGGUCACGUGGCCUCCGUGUGAUGGGGUCCUGGAGGAGACGGGGUGCAGGUAGGUGGUCACGUGGCCUCCGUGUGAUGGGGUCCUGGAGGAGACGGGGUGCAGGUAGGUGGUCACGUGGCCUCCGUGUGAUGGGGUCCUGGAGGAGACGGGGUGCAGGUAGGUGGUCACGUGGCCUCCGUGUGAUGGGGUCCUGGAGGAGACGGGGUGCAGGUAGGGCAGCCAUGUGGCCUCCGUGUGAUGGGGUCCUGGAGGAGACGGGGUGCAGGUAGGGCAGCCAUGUGGCCUCUGUGUGAUGGGGUCCUGGAGGAAAUGGGGUGCAGGUAGGUGGUCAUGUGGCCUCCGUGUGACGGGGUCCUGGAGGAGGUGGGGUGCAGGUAGGGUGGUCACGUGGUCUCCGUGUGAUGGUGUCCUGGAGGAGACAGGG